UUUUAUAUUUUUGUAGCUCGUGCUCCAUAUCCUUUGAGUCCUGCCAUAGAAGCCAUGCUCCGACAAGCUAGAAGCUACGCAGUCCAUAGCUGGGAACUACUUGUAACUCCAGAGUCGUUGGUUACUUAUUUGCUAGGUCCAGAAACUACCCAAGAAAGCGAAGACAAGAAUAUGGCACCAAAAAUGGACAAGGCUCUCCUGGCCCAACUCAAGGCUGAAAGAAUAAAGCAGUCUACUGGGGCCGUGGCUCCCAAAAGAAAGAGCUCUCGUCUCCAGAAAGAGCUGAAUGUUGACAGUUUCCUGGAUGCCAAUCUUCCUACUGACCCUACUCUUGACAUGGUGAUUGAAAAAAUUACUCAACCUCAGGAGGUAGAAAAAUCAAAAAGAAAGGCAAAGGGACCAGUUUUAGGAGAGACCUGCUAAGAAAGCCAAGGCUUCUACUGGUCCUUCUGUUUUGGGCAAUUGUCAAGAGGCUGUAGAGCGGGUUUCUGGGCUGCUAGGUGCAGCAAAUAAGGAGUUGAUGGUUGAGAUGCCUCUCCAAGCCGUGGGGGAGCAGAUGCUUGUUGAAUUAGCCAUGGCUGCAACUAGUGGCCACUAUCUUACCUCUCAGAGCCAUAGCUUGGGGAACCAAGUGGUCUCCCUUUCUGAGGCUAACAUGAAGCUCACAAAGCAGGGUGCCUCCAUGAUGGCGGAGCUUAAAAAGGUUACUGAUGAAACAGAUGCUACCCUCCAGUCGAAGAGAGGGUUGGAAGAGGAGAGAGAUGUCGCCAUGGCGACUGCUAGGAGUCUGGAGCAAAAAUUUUUGGAGUGGGAUGGUGAGCUCGAGAAGUGCAAUACCAUAAGUCAAGAGAUGGUGGAGAAAGUGAGUGCUCGUAGGGAUGCUAUUUUGCUCUUCCUGCAGUCUCCUGAGUACCGUCAAGACAUAACCAAGCAAUACUUUGAUGGGUUUGAAGCAAUGAGGAGCUGUAUUGCCUUGGCUUACCAAAAUUUGGAUUUUUCCAAAUUUGAGGUUGAUGAUGAUGAUGGGCUCUCCAGUUUGGAUGGGGGAAGGAAGGAGGAUGACUAAGCUGAUGAUGCUGCUUCCUUUGAAAGAAACACAACCAUCCCGAGCUCCUCUAUUGUUUCCCUUCUCAAAACUCCAGAAAAGGUGACUCUCCCAGUUGAAGUUCAAACUCCUGCAGCUACCCCUUCUGGCCCUCCUCAUGGUGAUGGUCAGGCAGUUGAUAUUUCCACCCCUGGCCUUUGAAUGGCCAAAGAAACAUUUGAUUCAAUGGUUCUGUAAUUAAAUACUUUAAGUACUUUCUUACUUGACUGUUUUGUUCAGGAGUGGUCUUUUGAUUUGACCUCCACUCCUGAUUGGUUGGCAGAUUUGGAACUUGUUCUAUUUGGUGGUUUGUGGGGUUGAUCUUGAUAAGAUCAUGUUAUUCGGCCUUUUUAGGGUCGUUUAUAA